AUGUCCGUGGUUUCGACGAUCGGCAUCUCCGCCUUUUCCUUGGCAGGCCGGGAGUUGGCAAAGGUCGUUGUGCCACGAGAUGUCUCCGUGCGGGUGCUCGUCGAAGCGCUGGGAGCGACUGCUGGAAUCUCCUGGGAUGCCUGGCAGUUGACGUGGAAAGAUGAAGCCUUAGAGGACUGGAGCCUUCAACCCUUCAUCGACUCAGAGCUGUCUUCGGUGGAGCUUCAGGUAGUUCUCAAGCCGCAGCCUACGCAGCUGGAGCCCGAAAACGCUCUCGAACUCCUGCACUCCUUGAAGGAGCCUUACGACGGGCUGCGAAGCCUAAGCUUCGCCCUUGGGUCUCUCCGACAGCUCUCGCUGGGUGCGAAAGAUGACGAUCCGUGUCUCAAGGACUGCCGUGGCGAUGAAAGCAGCGGAGUCAUGUCAGAGCCUCAGAUGAACGCGCUCUCGUGUGCCGUUCUUGAUAGGAGGUUGCAGUGCACGGUGCUGUGCCUCCGCGGUGUGCUUCGGCCAAUGGCGAUGAUGGACCGCGUCGAGCACCGGCAAGACUCUUCUGACUUAGUCUCACUGCUGUCGCACAUGCCGCAGCUCACAUCCUUGGAUCUCUCCGGAAACCGCUUGGGGUACGCCAACACUUGCAUCGAGGCGCUUAGCACAGCGAUGCCCAAACUUCAAAAGCUGACUUACCUGAACCUUUCCUGCAACGGUUUCUUCUCCUUCCAUGGGGGCUCUGGUGCGACGCCACCCCAUGUGCCAUAUCUUUUCGUGAGCUUGCGGACUUUGACGGCCUUGGAAGUUUUGGACCUGCACUUGAACGACAAGGCCUUCGUCCGCAGUUUCGGCACAGAGCAGGAAGAGCUGGCUUCCUGGUAUGUGCCGAGCUUGCUGAAAGCGCUGCCAUCUUUGAAGAAGCUCCUCUUUGCUGCGAACGAUGUCGGGAUGAUCUCGGUGGCAGCCUUGGAGGCUGCGAGACAGCCGGGGUGUGAGAUCGACUACGGCUUGGAGGACCACGUCGCCAAGGCCCUCUCUUCGAUUCAGGAGCCUCGGAAAGAGGGCGUCUUCCGCCUGCCCCUCCUGGAUUUGGAGCCUGCGCAGCGGUCCUGGCCGGUCCGCGCAGCCUAUUACUGGCACCUGGGCUUCGGCCUCUCAGCUCUCGAGGAGGAGCUGAGGCGCAGCGUGGUUUCGGUGGACGUCUCCGGGUCCGGGCUGGGCCGCUCCUGGGCUGGGCUGGUCGAACACAUUCUGCCGCACUUCCCAGCGCUGUGUGAGCUGAACCUGCAGGAGACGCAGGUUUCUGUCGAAUUCCUCAUGGCUCUACACCAGCCGGCAUUCGGGUCCUUGAGAAGGAUUGACCUGGCAGGCUGUGGUUUGUGCCACUUCGCGAGCGUGAACAAAACGCCGCAGAUCGCGCGGGCAUUCUCGUUCUGGUCUGAGUCUUUGACUGAUCUGGAUCUCUCGCAAAACUUCAUAAGCGAAUACGGAGAUUUCUCACCAUGCCACUUGGAAUUCAACCUGCCUCCCCUAGUUCGUGGCCUGAAGCGCUUGAAGAGACUAGCCUUGCGUGACAACGAUAUUGGCGGCAGGCAGAACAAGCGUACCAGGUCUUCGAUUCGAGCUGCUUUCGACUUCGAAGCAGGAUCACUGGAAGUGCUUGACCUGCAGAGUAAUGAUCUGGAGUCUCCUGAGUGGGCCGAACUGGUGGACCGUCUGCGAGCGGUGGUGCCGCACGUGUACGCCUGA